AUGGGCUCUUUUGGCGAGGUCACGGAGUUCGGCCAUGGCUUCAAGGCUCAAUUCUUGUUUGAUCCCAAAUAUAACAACUUGAAUCAUGGUUCAUUUGGUAGUUACUCACUACCUGUCCGCAAUGCGCUGCGAGGAUAUCAGAAAUUGGCCGAGGCUGCCCCGGAUAAAUUCCUGCGAUACCAGUAUAUUGAUCUCUUGGACAAGUCGAGGGAGCGGAUAGCAAAACUCCUCAACGUCCCGACGGACGAGUGUGUUUUCGUCCAGAAUGCUACGUCCGGUGUCAAUACCGUCUUGCGCAAUCUCCAGUACAAGGAGAAGGACUGUAUCAUUUAUUUCGAUACCGUCUAUGGGGCCGUUGAGAAGACACUGGCUUCCAUCGUCGAGACAAACCCGCAACUCCAACUUCGCAAGGUCGGGCACGGACAAGACUUUGCCUAUUCACUCCCUUGCACGCAUUCCGAGAUCCUCAAUGCUCUGUCACAAACGAUAUCGCGAGUCUUGUACGAUGGAUUAAAUCCCAAGGUUUGUCUUUUUGAGACGAUAGUGUCUUUACCGGGUGUACGGUUUCCUUUUGAAAGGAUCACGAAAAUGUGCAAAGAAUAUGGGAUUCUUAGUUUGAUUGACGGAGCACACGGCGUCGGUCAGAUACCCCUAAAUCUGUCCCAGCUCGAUGCCGAUUUUUUUGUCAGCAACUGCCACAAAUGGCUUUAUACCCCACGAGGCUGUGCUGUAUUCCACGUGCCCAAGCGUAACCAACACCUCAUUCGAACCACCUUUCCGACCUCACAUGGCUUUGUGCCCCUGGAAAACUCGCCAAUCCGAAACCCUCUUCCACCAAGUGACAAAUCGGCUUUUGUCAAUCUAUUUCAGUUCGUCGCGACUGCAGACAACACCCCUUACUAUUGUGUCCCCGCAGCCCUCAACUUUAGGCAGAAUUUAUGCGGCGGCGAGGAGGCCAUCUAUAACUAUAUCAGGGACAUCGCCCAAAGAGGAGCCGACCUCCUAGCCAUGCUUCUCGGAACCGAAGUCAUGGACGAUUUGGAUGCGGGAUACGGAUUGCGGACAAUGGGAAGCUACGAGGCCAGUGAUAAACGCGACGGGGGACGAAUAGGCUGGGCUGGUGGCAUCAGGGACUGUGCCAUGGCCAAUGUGCUCCUGCCAAUCACCAUCAUCGGCGCCUAUUCUAGGGGCAGCAUCAGCAUGGGACCUGGUGGAGCCGGAAGUGCGGGCGGUCUAUCUCCCGCUUUUCGACAGUCAUCGUACGGGUUCCCUAGUGCCAGUGUCGCUUCGCAGCUUCGAUCGUCUUCUGUCAGCUCAGGAAAUCUCGGCGAACCCAGACGUUCCAAUUCACCUCUCAAUUCCCCGAGUCUACAUUCAGCAGGUCCGAUCGUGAUCCAGGAAGCAGACGUAGCCACCCAUAUUGCUUGGAUGGAAAAGACCCUGGUGGAUGAGUUCAACACGUUUGUCGCCAUCUACGAAUACGACGGCAAACUCUGGACCCGAAUCUCUGGCCAAAUCUACCUGGAGCUCAAAGACUUUGAAUGGCUUGGAGGAGUGCUCAAAACGCUGUGUGAACGAGUCCGAAGCGGGGAGUCUUUGCGGGGAAGAGCAAGGACUCCGGGAAUUGAAAAGGCGGAGUUCGAGGCCCUGAGCCUGAAGACGCCUUUCGCCUCGAGACAAAACACCGGUGAGGUGAUGAAGCGGUUCGAUGUCACCCAGGGGGGAUGGGUCAAUGCAUGA